AUGGCAGCGGAGCUCAGUCGCGAAAGUCCCCGCUUCUACCUGCACGAAUCUGGUGGCCUAAACUUUAGCGACAUCAUCGAUGAGAUGCGUGAUGCGCUUUCGCGUCACCCGCUCCGAUCCCACGACCCGGAGAGCGCACCGUUCCACAUUCUCUCUCUUCCAGCUCUGGCUUCGAGGCUUCUGGCGGAGCGUCGCGGCCAUCCGGCGGCGCACUGGCAGCGCAUGACGGCCGCAGCGCAGACGCUCGCUGCCGAUCGCCACUUUCUCAAUCGCCGCGCAAUCUUUGUGAUCGUCUUUGCUGGCAUUGAGCUCAAUACGCUCGGUGAGCCCUUCCAGCGCGUAAUCGCCAGCGGGAAUGUGCGAAUGGGCUGCAACGACCCGACGAUGGCCUACCUUGGACCUAACGCCCGCUCACCUGCCCGCCGGCUGAUGGCCGAGGCGAUCACGCUGCCUUAUUACGCCCACGCGUUUGCGACAAGCACGGGAGCAAGUGCUCCGCGUACGGGAGUCAUGUUCCACGGCGGUCUCGGGCGCUGGGAUUUUGGCAACCGUGCCCGUAUGAAGCGCAUAUUUGUGCGCAUCGAGAGCACGCAGUCCAGUGUGAGCGUGGACCUGCGCAUCGCAGAGGUGUCGCGUGGCAACCAGUCCGCCCUGCGUGGCACCUUCGACGUCGAGGCCUACCGGCGCUCUGGCCUCGCGUAUCAGGCCUCGUCAAUCUGCCUGGUGCCGGCCGGUGACACAAUAACGAGCCGUCGGCUUUUCGACGCCCUCGCCGCGAGCUGCAUCCCGGUUUUGCUCCGCAGCGGGUAUCUGAUGAACCAGAGAAACCAAACCUUCUACACGGCGCUGCCCUUCCCCAGCAGCGUGGACUGGGCAAACAUCUCGCUCCGCCUCGUACCGGGAGCUUCCAGCUCUUGCGUCGCCGCCGAUGCGACGUGGCUCCUGGCAUGGCACGCCCGCUCGCUAGGCGCGAUGCGGAGGCGGGGGCACUCUGCGUUCCGUCGGCACAUGGACUAUGCGAGCAACCCGUCGGGGGUAGCGUCGGCGCUGCUGGCCGAAUUGGCGGCAAGCGGCGCCGAAACGCAUCAUCAUUACCAAGGUCCAGCACGUCCACGCGGCUAG